AUGGGCGCAGRGAGAGGAAUCCGGAGGGAAAAGACAGAAAAAAUCGGGGAUGGAAAGGAUGAUCCCAAUGAUCCAAACAAUCCCAAUGAUUCUGAUGAUCCCAACAAUCCCAGUAAUCCCAACAAUCCCUACAAUCCCAAGGACCCCAAGAAUCCAAACAAUCCUAACAAUUCCAAUGAUCCCGACAAUCCCAGUAAUCCAAACAAUCACAACGAUCCCAAUGAUCCCACUGAUCCCAGCAAUCCCAAUGAUCCCAUUGAUACCAUCAAUCCCAUCUAUCCCAAUGAUUCCGACGAUCCCAAUGAUCCCAACGGUCCCAAUGACCCCAGUGAUCCYAACAAUCCCAAUGAUCCCAAUGAUCYGAACAAUCCCAAUGAUCCCAAGAAUCCCAAUGAUCCUGACAACCCUGACAAUCCCAAUGAUCCCAACAAUCCUCAUGAUCCCAAUGAUCCCAUUGAUACCAACAAUCCCAAUGAUCCCAAUCCAAAUGAUCCAAACAAUCCCAAUGAUCCCAAUCCCAUUGAUCCCAACAAUCCCAUUUAUCCCACUGAUCCCAAUGAUCCCAAUAAUCCCAAUGAUCCCAUUUAUCCCAACGAUCCCAAUGAUCCCAAUGAUCAUAACGAUCCAAACAAUCCCAUUGAUCCCAUUGAUUCCAUUUAUCCCAAUGAUCCCAGCGAUCCCAAUGAUCCCAAUGAUCCCAACGAUCCCAAUGAUCCCAUUGAUCCCAAUGAUCCCAACGAUCCCAUUGAUCCCAAUGAUCCCAUUUAUCCCAUUGAUCCCAACAAUCCCAUUGAUCCGAAUCAUCCCAAUGAUCCCAACGAUCCCAAUGAUCCCAUUGAUCCCAAAGAUCCCAUUGAUCCCAACAAUCCCAAUGAUCCCAAUAAUCCCAACAAUCCCAAUGAUCCCAAUAAUCCCAAUGAUCCCAUUGAUCCCAAUAAUCUCAACAAUCCCAUUUAUCCCAAUCCCAUUGAUCCCAACGAUCCCAAGGAUCCCAAUAAUCCCAACAAUCCCAUUUAUCCCAUUGAUCCCAACAAUCCCACUGAUCCCAACAAUCCCAUUUAUCCCAUUGAUCCCAACAAUCCCAACAAUCCCACUGAUCCCAACAAUCCCACUGAUCCCAAUGAUCCCAAUAAUCCCAACAAUCCCAUUUAUCCCAUUUAUCCCAACAAUCCCAUUGAUCCCAUUGAUCCC